AUGUUUUGCAAUAUCAAUAUUCCGGACACCUCUCUCAAGAUGCCGAUUGAGUACAUCUAUAGCUCGCGUCAGUCGGGAUCCGACAAAAGUCACAGACCCGCACUACGGUCUCGGACACAGACAUUUGUUGAUCUGUCAAGCAGGUUCUCUGCUUUGCCAGUGACGUCUUCCUCGUUCUCGUCUUCCACGAUAUACAAGCGCGAAGACGCAGGUCGAAUCACGACUGCGUACGCAAUUACAGUCACUGCUAUCAACAAUGGUAAAGACAACUAUCCUCGAAAGAGAGAAGAUAAAAGUGUUACAUACGUGACAGAAACAGGCAACACUGCCACAGCUGCGGUUCGAGUCGUUACCAUCAAGAAGCCGUAUGCUGUCGACAAACCUCUACCACUUACACCUAUUGAGACACCGGUCAAUGCCGUGGACGGCCUGCGAAAACGCUUAAAUCAUAUCAGUACUGAAGAGAAGAGAAUCAAGCCUAUCUCUAGAUCUUCUCGUGUUCCCAGAACAUCAACGAAAAGUGUGAUUGAGGAGGCCGGUCGGCUCGAUAUUGUUGAUAUAGAUGGCAACAAAUUCCCCUUUCGGAAUCUGUACUCAUCCUCAUCUGAAUUCCCGUUCAGAGAAAAAGAGAAACUCGAAAAAGUUAUGACCGUCUUCAUUCGUCCUUCCUUUUGUUGCAGGUCAGCUAAAAUGAUCAAGGAAGUGAACCCUCUGAAGUACGACGGAGGAAAGCCUGAGAUUGGAACAGCAUUUCUCUUUGAGUCAGCCGAGACCGUCAAAAUGAGCUGGUCGUAUCGAAUUGCUGGUGUGUCUGCUCAAUCAGAGGCAGAUGUUUUACGACAAGCAUUGGAUAUCAGAAGCUGUGCUGAAGAGAAAGAGAUUAGUCAGAUAUGCCCAUCGCCGAACCGUGUCCUGUACAGAAGAGUUGCAAGCAUGGCGACCGCGAAUUUCUUGUCUUGCCUGUUGAGCUUGAUGAUGCUGUUUCAAGAUGAGUGUUACGAUAAUGAUGUAAAGGGAGGCGUUCUGUAG